AGAGCCUAAGCCCGCCCCGGAAGUUGCGCGUUCUGUGUUUUGCUGUUUGUUUUCUUGACAGCCGCUCGGGUUCUGCUGCUGGGCUGAACUUGGCCACUGCUAAACACAUCUUCAGAGCGGCACAUCGGACGCGCAAGACAGAUGGACCCGCAGGCUCAGUCCUACAUGCUCGCGAGCCUGACGCGGCCCCACUCCGAACAGCUGCUGCAGGGCCUCCAGCUGCUGCGACAGGACCAUGAGCUGUGUGACAUUGUGCUGCGCGUGGGCGACGCCAAGAUCCAUGCCCACAAAGUGGUGCUGGCCAGCAUCAGCCCCUACUUCAAGGCCAUGUUCACAGGCAACCUGUCCGAGAAGGAGACCUCCGAGGUGGAGUUUCAGUGCAUUGACGAGGCUGCGCUACAGGCCAUAGUGGAGUAUGCCUACACGGGGACGGUGUUCAUCUCCCAGGAGACUGUAGAGUCCCUGUUACCAGCUGCCAACCUGCUCCAGGUCAAGCUGGUGCUGAAGGAGUGCUGCUCCUUCCUAGAAAGCCAGCUGGACGCUGGGAACUGUAUCGGCAUCUCCCGCUUUGCAGAGACCUACGGCUGCCAUGACCUGUGCCUGGCAGCAACCAAAUUCAUCUGCCAGAAUUUUGAGGAGGUAUGCCAGACCGAGGAGUUUUUUGAGCUGACCAGAGCAGAACUGGACGAAAUAGUGUCGAACGACUGUCUGAAGGUGGUGACAGAGGAGACUGUGUUUUACGCCCUUGAGUCGUGGAUCAAGUAUGACGUGACUGAGCGGCAGCAGCACCUGGCUCAGCUGCUGCACUGUGUGCGCCUGCCUCUGCUCAGCGUCAAGUUCCUCACCCGCCUUUAUGAGGCUAACCACCUCAUCCGUGAUGACCACGCGUGCAAGCACCUGCUCAACGAGGCCCUCAAAUACCAUUUCAUGCCUGAACACCGUCUGUCCUACCAGACGGUGCUGUCCACACAGCCGCGCUGCGCCCCCAAAGUUCUCCUCGCCAUAGGAGGCAAGGCUGGACUCUUCGCCACACUGGAGAGCACAGAGAUGUAUUUCCCCCAGACAGACUCCUGGAUUGGGCUCGCCCCCCUCAGUGUGCCACGGUAUGAGUUUGGCGUGGCGGUGUUGGACCAGAAGGUGUUUGUUGUGGGAGGGAUCGCCACUCACAUGAGGCAGGGGAUCAGCUACCGCAGACACGAGAGCACGGUGGAGCGCUGGGACCCGGACAGCAACACCUGGUCCAGCGUGGAGCGCAUGGCGGAGUGCCGCAGCACACUGGGAGUUGUAGUCCUCGCCGGGGAACUGUAUGCGCUGGGGGGCUACGAUGGCCAGUACUACCUGCAGUCUGUGGAGAAGUACGUCCCCAAGGUGAAAGAGUGGCAGCCAGUCGCGCCCAUGACCAAGUCCCGCAGCUGCUUUGCCACGGCGGUCCUGGAUGGCAUGGUGUACGCCAUCGGGGGGUACGGACCAGCUCACAUGAACAGUGUGGAGCGCUACGACCCAAGCAGGGAUGCCUGGGAGAUGGUGGCCCCCAUGGCUGACAAGCGCAUCAACUUUGGUGUGGGGGUAAUGCUGGGGUUCAUCUUCGUGGUGGGCGGUCACAACGGGGUGUCUCACCUGGCCAGCAUAGAGAGGUACGACCCCCACCAGAACCAGUGGACGGCCUGUCGACCUAUGAAUGAACCGCGCACAGGCGUUGGCUCGGCCAUAGUGGACACCUACCUGUACGUGGUGGGGGGACACUCGGGGUCGUCCUACCUGAACACAGUCCAGCGCUACGACCCCAUCACAGACAGCUGGCUGGAUGCCAGCGGCAUGAUGUACUGCCGCUGUAACUUUGGCCUCACAGCUCUAUGACCCCUGGAUUACCUGGGCAGGACUCCUUCAGAGAACACAUAGACAAAAGGGAUUUCUUUAGUUUGUCCCCACCGCCUAGUGAGUUGAAGAAGGCUCCAGGGAGCCCAGGGAGAGAGAGGGAGAGCUUGUUGGACGGACUGAAGGAAGGGUGAAGGGAGCCCAGUUUGCCGGUGCAGGGGACCAGUAGACGGCGGAGGAUGAAGGUCUGAGUCAGGAGAGGUGCAGAGCAGGAAGCUGUCUGGGUCAGGAGAGGUGCAGAGCAGGAAGCUGUCUGGGUCAGGAGAGGUGCAGAGCAGGAAGCUGUCUGGGUCAGGAGAGGUGCAGAGCAGGAAGCUGUCUGGGUCAGGAGAGGUGCAGAGCAGGAAGCUGUCUGGGUCAGGAGAGGUGCAGAGCAGGAAGCUGUCUGGGUCAGGAGAGGUGCAGAGCAGGAAGCUGUCUGAGUCAGGAGAGGUGCAGAGCAGGAAGCUGUCUGGGUCAGGAGAGGUGCAGAGCAGGAAGCUGUCUGGGUCAGGAGAGGUGCAGAGCAGGAAGCUGUCUGGGUCAGGAGAGGUGCAGAGCAGGAAGCUGUCUGGGUCAGGAGAGGUGCAGAGCAGGAAGCUGUCUGGGUCAGGAGAGGUGCAGAGCAGGAAGCUGUCUGGGUCAGGAGAGGUGCAGAGCAGGAAGCUGUCUGGGUCAGGAGAGGUGCAGAGCAGGAAGCUGUCUGGGUCAGGAGAGACUGGACGACUACAGAAGACCACUCUGCUGCUGCUGCUGGACCACAAUGAAAACUCUAAACCAAUAACCAGAGAGUUGUGGAAGAAAUCUGUCACUUUGUUUCUUUGUAGACAUUUACAAUUUACCUUGUUCAUAACAUCCUUUGUUUUCACUCCAUUCUUUAUUUCUGACAUGAGCAAAUAUGUGUGUAAAAAAUGUUUAAGGUCCUAAAUCAUGUUUAUAUAUGAAUGUGUAGCCAAGUCUUUGGAUGUGCUAAUGAGUGUGCUUGGGAGUAUGUGCAUGUGAGGAGAAAUGAUUGGUCUUUUGAGUAUAUGUGUGUGCAGAACUAAAACUCAGGCACAGUGAUCAGUUCACACACUUUAGUUUAAAAUGUCUGCUUCUAAAUCAGUGCUUCACAAAAUGAGAAAAGAAUCGGAAUCUUUAUAUUCACAUUAAAAGGGCUGCCUUUUACUCUCUUAUAAAUAGACAAAACAAAAAAGACAUAUACGAAAAUAUCCUGUAGUGCAUUGCCUGUAAAUGUUUUCUGCACUGGGUAAUUAGUUGCGUGGGUGCGUGUGUGGACGUGUGUCUUUGAUUUUAUGGUUAGAGGAGAUGUAAAAGAUCAACUAAACCCACAGAAUACACCUGAUACUUAUAUCUGUUUUAGUCCCAACCCCAAUAAGUCUGUACUAUCUUCCUCUCUGUCUCCAUCCAUCCCUCUCUCCAUCCCUCUCUCUUUCCACCCCUCUCACCAUCUCUCCAUCUUUCUCUCCCUCUCUGUGGAGUGGUGGACAAAGCCCUGGUUCUUUACCUGGGGCUGUCUGUUCUCUAAACUAACUGGUGCUAUAUUUAGGGUUCAGGAUUGGAAUGUGUGUGUGUUAGUCAUACUUGCUGGCUGUUUGAUUAUGUGCAUUAAAAGGCCCCCAGAUUGACAACCCCCCCAUCCCUCCCCUCGAUAACGCCCUGAGUCUUGCUCGAGCGUAACUCUGACCACCAGUCUUUACCCAUGAGAGGUUGUGGUAUUAAUGAGAGGUUUUAUCUCCAACAUCCCUGGAAUCCCAGAUGCUCUCCACUGUAUGAUCGGUAGUGAGGCUUUCCCCCUGGCUUCUGGUUGCUUAGGGUUAACCCUAGGGGUUAGGGGUCAGUUCUGCAGGUUACUUCCUGUUCCUGCACGCCCCGCCCCUCUGAUGCAUGCUGCACGUGCCCAGUCUGCCUCACAAGCUCGCGAAAGGAGCACCAGCCAACCAAGUGCCAAAAUAUGACCUGUGUUCACCCACCUCCCUCACACCUCCCUCACACCUCCCUUGCCACAAAUAGCUUUUCCCCCUGUGUGCCAGAAUCUCUCCUGAGUGCUGAUGUUUGUGUUUGUUCCUCUGUGCUGCUGUGUGGAUGGGGCUCUGCCCGGCUGAGCAGCUCUCAAGCUGCAGGCCCCAGGAGAGCCUGGCGCUCUUCUUUGGGCAUAGAUGGCUGCAGGUGUGCGUGUGUGAGUGUGAGCGUGUGAGAGUGAAGCCAGGGGCAGUACCAUACGCAGGGUGAUGUGACAUCAGUUCAAAUCCCCAUUUUGGUACAGAGUGUAAGUACAGUGAUGCGUUCUAAAUGUGUGCACAUGUGGGAACUGUAACAGCUCUGCAUUGCACUUACUGAACUAUGUGAUACAUAGUGUUCUUUGUAAAUAAGUCUCGUUUUAGGCUAAUGGCAUUUAGAUGAUGCAAUAAGAUUUUUGUUUCUUCUGUGAGUUAAUAUUUUGGCUUUUAAUGAAGCCUCCUUAAAGCCAAGGCAUCUCUCUCAUACUGCUGUACUGACUCACAAGCCAUGUCUAUCCACAUUGUUAGCUGUUGGUUAAACUACUCUGAUGAAACACCACUUCUUAUGGCUCAAUUGUUUCUCACUGAAUCUUGCACUCUGCAUUGACCCCAUCUCCAAAGUUGUGCAUGUUGAUUUAUUAAGGUUUGCAGAUAUUGAUAUUUCACUAAACUAAGAGGAAUAGGUGUGUUUGCUGUUGUCUUCAGAGUUUGGCUCUGAGCCAGCUGCAGGUCCAUCAAUCAGAAGAAGCCUUACUGUCCUGUGUUCUUCCAUGUACACAGUCUGUUCAUAUCGGCCAGUUUGGAUUCUCUGAAUGUGAUCUUGAGCUUAAGCAAUGAUAUGAUUGACAGCCCCCUAAACAUCCAUUUAAAGACUCUUCAGUCUUGUUAACCCUUGUGUUAUCUUCGGGUCAUUCUGACCCAUCAGUCAUUGUGACCCACCGUCGUAUUGCGACAGAUUUACCGCAUACAAAGACAAAGUGAAGCAUUUUCUUUUAACAGCUAGGCUGUCUCAGACCCCCCACAUUGCAAAGGUUAAAAGAAAAUUAUUUUAAUUUGUUUUUGUAUUGGGUAAAAUUGGGUAAACACAACGAUGGUUCGUUAUGAACCUUUGGGUCAUGUGACCCGAAGGCAGCACGAGGGUUAAAGCAAUAACAGUUUCACCAGUGUAAGAGCCUGUCAGAAUAGUGUAGGAGGUCUUCUUGUUUUCAAAACUAGAUUCUAAUUGAAACGUACAUGGCCGAGUCCAGGUGGACUAAGUGGACUUAAGGAUAUAAUUCUUAAAAAUAUUAUUUUGUACAGAAAAAAAAUAUGAAAUUGCUGUCAUACUUCUGGAGAAAAAGAAAAUGUUACAUUAGCCAUUGUGUAUUGAAUAUUAAGUUGUCUGUAUGUGUUUCUGUUAUUUAUUUAAUGUUUCUUGUCAUAACCUUUAGCUUUUGAGAAGAUUGGCUGCUUUGGUCUGUCUACAGUGGACCUGCUAAAGAUCAGCUAGAACCCUGAUCACACAGGCGUGACGCCGGCCGGGUGUCUCCAGGCGUGACGCCGGCCGGGUGUCUCCAGGCGUGACGCCGGCCGGGUGUCUCCAGGCGUGACGCCGGCCGGGUGUCUCCAGGCGUGACGCCGGCCGGGUGUCUCCAGGCGUGACGCCGGCCGGGUGUCUCCAGGCGUGACGCCGGCCGGGUGUCACAGGCGUGACGCCGGCCGGGUGUCCCAGGCAAGCAUUCAUGUUCCGAGCAUGUCAUGUAUGGAUGUUGAUGUGAGUACAUAAGAGAGAGAACACCGUUUCCUCUACGUGGUUAACUGGCCUACUCUACUUUGGGGUGAUAGCGCUUAACCACUCGUGGGAUCUGAAAACGUGAAACUGCAAAAUGAAGGGAUGUAUAAAAUGUUUUUUUUUGUUUUUUUAAGAUGGCCUAACCAUGUGUUGUUUUGCCACCAGUCUCACCAAAGUGCUUGUUUUACUAAGGAAGGCAGAGGGACUACUAAUAUCAAGUCUGGGAGGAAUUGUCACUAGUUUUGUGUCUGGAUGAAAUCCUGAACCAGAUGUCAAUGUUAGCCAAACCAAUUACAACUACAAGCUUCUUUUACAUUUCCCAUUGUGUGUCUGAACUGUGACUGAAGUAAGGUGAUAAUCUUGAAUUUUAUAUCCUGUGGAUUAUUACUGGAACUACAAGAUAACCUACAUGUUUUUUUCACAUUUUAUCAUGCUUUGAUUAAAUACAUUUUACAUCUUAGCCAGUUUGUUUGUGGUGCAUUUGUACCCAGUUAAAAUUAAUAAAUGCUUUAAAAGGUA